AUGCUGGUCGUCUUUUCUCUCUUAGUUCUUAGUACUUUUGCAGUUGAAGCACGUCGUGUCAUUCGAGCUGCUAGUGGUAGCAAUACCACUGGAAACUACAUCAUAGUAGUGACUGAUGGAGUCAAUCACAGCAGGUUCAUGGAGAUUGUGGACCAAGUGAAAAAUGAAACACUCGACUCUAAAAUAUACGAACAAGUUGAAGGACCUUUUAUCAACAUAAUCUCUGCCAGAAUCACUGAAGAUGCUGCACAUAGGUUCAAAGGUUUAGAUGAUAUAGAAUUUGUAGAAGAGGAGAUAUAUACAAAAGCAAGCAUAUCCUGGGCAAUAGAUCGUAUCGAUCAGACAGGACCUACCCUCGACAAUAGAUACGUACCAGAAGGAAACGGUGAAGGGGUUGAUGUGUAUGUAUUAGACACUGGCAUUCUUUACACUCAUACUGACUUUGGGGGUAGAGCCAAGUAUCCUGGUUUUGACCCAGAUCCUCUAUGGGAUGGAAAGGGGUGUGGUGAAGUGAGCACCUGCUGUGAUAAAGGAGAGUGGUUCUGUAAGGACGUUCCAAAGACCAGCUCUGAUAUUGAGCUACGACUGUGUGGUAAUGAGCCAAGAGAGAAUGAAGAUACUCCAAUUGAGCAGAUAGAACUUUAUGUACAAUGA